AUGUCUACUGCUCUAGUCUCUAAGACAGUGAAUAAUAAAAACCUGCCUGUUUGUUUUCCUCUACUCCAGGUGAUCCAUUUGUGGUUUGAACACUUCUCCCUGGAGGCAACAGACCUGUGCACAGCAGACUACUUUACAAUACAGGACAACCUGGGAGUCAUCGGGAGGUUGUGUGGGCGCUCCAAACCCGGGCCGAUAGUGUCAUUAGGAAACUCUAUGUUGUUGUUCUUUGACACCAAUGACAGAAAUACAGACAAGGGAUUCAAAGCGAAGUACCAAGCUGUGACACCAGAGAGUACUUUAGAAAUAGCCGGGGCUGGUGGCGCUCUCCAAGGUGACCGCGGUGAUCUACUGACCCCUGGGUUCCCAGCACAGAACUAUGAGAACGGGACUCUCUACCAGUGGAGGAUCACUGUACCAGAGGGAGAGAAGAUCAGACUGACGUUCUCCUCCUUCGACCUGGUCCCUGAGGCCUGUAGAGAUUACAUAGAUGUCUACGAUGGCCACAAAACCGGCUCCGCCAUGUUGGGUCGAUUCUGUGGUAGUAAGAAUCCAGGCCGCGUGGAUUCCAGUGGCAACACGAUGGUGGUGCGUUUCAAAAGCGAUGCCACUCCACCUCCAAGG